UCCAUCAGCUUAAUGCUCCUGCAUUCUUUAGGACUUUGCUUUUUGCAUUAACAACUUACUUCUCUGCAAGUUUAGGUCCAACACCAACACACACCCCAACGACAUCCACCCCGCUGCCAUCGAAAACAAAAACACCCACCCAGUCAGCUGCAACUCCAGCCAAAGGUACCGCUUCUUCAGACAGGCGUCACCAAAGUGCUGCACCUGAAGCACUCACAGGUAAAGGUAAAGGAACAAAGACGUCAUACGACUUCCUUGUAGUUUCUGUCCUCCUGAACGUCUUGCAGCUAACUGGGUUUCUGAUGUAUUUCUGGCACCAGAGAAGACGGAGCAGAGGCGACGCCCUUGUGGAUGGUCAAGUAAGGAAGUCGCUACUAGUGCUGACGUCGGUGAAGUACUUCAUUGGAGAGUUACAAUAUUUUGUGUUUGCGGGGCGAUUGUGGCAGUGCCCCGUAACCCCGGAGGGUUGUGGGUUUGUGCCCCACUCUGUCGCCGUCGUGUCCUUGCAGGAUAUUAGCCAGAAACUGCGAAAGAGGCUGUCCUUGUUCAGUAGAGAGGGAGGGUUGCCAGCGUUGAGCGGUUGUCUCGGAGCUGCCCUGGGGCCCACUGACAGAUACGAGGCUGCCGAGCACAGGCGCCACUGGUGCCUCCAUCCACCACCAGCGGGCGCGGAGGUGAAGGACACGACUGCGACAGAGUGGCACGUAAACCCGCAACCCUCCGGGGUUAGGGUCGGGCACCUGACUCCUCUGCCACUGUGUUGAAUAGUUACAAGCAUCAAUUGUGGAAAUCGGUCCAUCUCUCAGAAUCAGAAUCAGGUUUUCUGGCCAAGUAUUCUUGCAUAUUUGGUUUUGGUAGAUGUUGCUAGCCUGGCCUGCCAGACUCGUCCUGUUUACCUCUGCACAGAGAGAGAGUCCGGCAACUCACAGGCAGAGCGGCACACGAGGGGCGGGACUAGCCAGCUCAAAAUAACCAAUCAGAAAAAAGACGGAAAUGUACUGUGCGACGCUGUAGUUAUUUAGAUGUAGUAAAAAAUGGUGUCGGGCGACGGUGCAGACAUCUUUUAUUGUUUUAGCAGAAAUGCUUUUAGCGCUUCUACUUGUUUUAAAGACAUCCAAGUCAUUUAGACCAGAGGAAAGAGCCGCAGCGAACGCCGGUUCAGUCGCCAUGGUUAUGACUAACUCGGCAUUGUGGUGUGUGACGUACGCUGCUGAGCGCUGAUUGGCUCGGUUAGAAAUCUCAGGGGGCGGGGUUAUUUGAACAGGAGGGUUCCCAGAUCCUUUCCCUGAGCAGAAUCAAACAGAGGAGUCUGGCAGGCCAGGCUAGGAUGUUGGAUCUCUAAACAAACAACAAAUAAACGAGAAUACAUCUGUUGUGAAGAAAGAAGGGUUAGGGUCGAUAAAACAAUAAAAAAGACGGAAGGUAUUUUAAAUGCUUUGGCCUUUAACUCGGCAUGAGAGUCUUUACCUUCUCGUUUGAGUUUUUAUGCAAUUUUAUGUUGUGUGUUGAUUUUAAUGCAUUUGAAUUCUGUGACGCACUUUGGUCGGUUUUAUGCUGUCGUAAGGUGCUACAGCAGCAAGGUUGGCUUGGCUAAAGGUUAGCUAACAUGGCAGGAUGGUAGCAGUGCUAAGAGACUGUGGUCCUAACCCUAACCCUGUGUCUACAGGUCAAGAGCAUAAAGGCAACGGGGAAGAAGCGGUCCUUGUGGCGGCUAGUUGUGUGUGCAGUGAUCUGUAGCGCCUGCCACAGGGGAGGAGGUUGAAGAGUGUGUAUGCAGGGUGUGUGGGAUGUUGGUCCUGGUCCUGGUAGUGCACAAGUCCUGAAGGGAGGGCAGAUGGGUGCCAGUGACUUCUUUCAGCUGCCCCACUUGUGCGCUGUAGUCUGCACUUUUUCCUUUUUGUGGCCGACCCAAACCAGUAAUGGAUGAGCGGAGGACGGGCUCGACUGUCGCAGCAUAGAUGCUUAGCAGCUCUUGUUGGAGGCCAUGCGUUCUUAGUUGCAGAAAGUACAUCCUCCGCUGAACCUUUAUGGGAUGGAGAUCCUGGGAAAUGAUAGAUCCUAAGGUCUUGAAUGAGUCCACUGUAGAGACUGUGAGGGGAGGCAGCGCUGUGGGGAGUUUUCUCAAAUCCACAACAUCACCUCCAAGUGCUGACUUCACCAGAGCACCAGCCUCUUGUCCUUCCAGCGAUAUGCAGACUCAUCACCAUCCUGGAUGAGCCUGAUGACCGUGGUGUCAUCUGCAAAUGUCAACAUUUUGACAGCUGGAUGUCAAGACGAAGAGUUAGAAGAGCAGUGGGAAAAGGACUGGCCCCUGUGGUGCACCAGUGCUUAUGUCUUUCGGCCUCACAUGCUGGUUCCUGUUUGUCAGGAAGCUGGAGAUCCACAUGAAGCAGGAGGUAGUGAGGUGAGGAAGUUUGGUGGUGAGGGUUUCAGGUUUGAUUAAAAUCCACAGACCGUAUCCUCGUGUAGCUUCAUCCGCCUACGUCACGACGUCGCAGGGACAGAAAUGUUCUGGAUUUCUGUUGAAGCAGCUUUUUUACACAGCUGAAGACAAAUGAAAACAUCUGAGUCAUUCAAACACUGAAAAGUGUGAUCAGCUUUAUUUUUUCACCAAAUAGAAAAAUGUUUAUGAUUUUAAAUCAACUUAAAAGAUGGACUUUAAGCUCUUGAGCAAGGCCAUAAUUAGCCUGAGAACUGAAGGAUGGUCUCCUGUAGUUGGUGAUGUGCUGAAGGCUUUCCACAGUCCUGAAGACUGGAUUCUUAUUUUCAGCAGCUCUGAUCUCCUGAGUGUUUUGUAGAGAGGCUCGUUUCCCGCCUCUGCCUCCUCCUGUGCUGGAAAGCACGCCUUAUUGUUGUUGAAGAUGCAAAGCUUCUGAGAUUCUGUCUGCAGACCUCGUUUGUAACCAUGAGCUGCUGAUGACCAUCUACCCGUCACGCGUUAGAUUCAUACACUUUAGACUUUGCUCCUUCAUUUACCAAGCAGCCUAUACACGGGGGUGGGGUAGGAGGUCCGUGCAUCGCUGUAGAUUUAUUUCUUCUGCUUUUGUCUCUUUGUGCAGAUCUACUAAUGCAUCCACCUAAACUCACUAGAAACACCCUGGUUCUGGGGCUGCCCCCCUCCCACCACCACCACCUGGCCAGGGUACUGCUGCCUCCAGAGGAGGUGCUCACUCAGGACCGAAAUCCUAAUUUAACACGGGGUGCAGCUUCUUCCCUGGAGUGGGUGUGCUUUAUUGGAGCCAGCCUUCGCACCUCUCUGGCCGCCCAGCAGACCUUCAUCCUGAUUGUUCUCUACUGAGUUUAGAGUCUGGCUGGACAGCAACACCUCAUCCGACGCAUCUGGAGUGCAAGAAAAACACUUCGUUCAACUGGAGCAGGUGUGAGGAACGGGUCUUGUGAGGGUAUUUGUCUACAUCCCCAGUGUUCUCCCUGAAGGCUUCAUUCAGGCAGAGACCACAAUCGGACAAAGACCGUUCAAAAUGUUAGAAAGCGCCGAUUUAUGAUCCGAGCGGUCGCGAUGUGACUGUGAUCUUUAUGUUUAGCUUGCUGUUGAAUGUGGCAACCCGUCUCUGACCUGCUUUCCUAUGUAAAUCAGCACAUUUAGACUUUUGUUAUCUCCUUAUUUCCGGUGUGUCUGGGGAGGGAGGAGAAACAGGAGACAACAAAACCAGCACUGCAUCUUUAAGUAAACCAACGCUUCUUCUCGGUUUUUUACGUUGAAUCUUAACGAAUCACCUCCUCGGCCCUGUAAGUAGUCUGUAUUUCAUUUAGGGCCUUCUAGGGUUCUACAACCCCCCAAGGCGCUUUACAACACCGACACACAUCCACACGCUGGUGGUGGUGAGCUACAUCCUAGCCACAGCUGCACAUUUCCCCUUCACUUUAUCAGCAAACAAAAUAUACGUUUUAAUCGGUCUGAGACUGAGCAAAAACGGUUUUGAUUGUUUACAACAUUUAUUAAACUAUUAAAACGGCGCGUACACUCACUCAGGAAUGAACCGCUACUUAAGCUCAACAUUCAAUAAUCAAGAUACUACUUCAACCUAGCUUAUACAACAUAAUUAUGGACCUCACUGACAUCUGCACUGUUUAAAAAUGGACUCCACAAUUAUCGACUUCCGUACUAUUGAGGUUCUUUGUAAAAUGUUUUUUUUUUUUCCUAUUUUUAUUCUCCCUGUGUCUUAUUGAUUUUUAGCUGUUAUUUUUGGGAAUUUUGUUGUAUUUCCUUUUUAUCUUUUAUCUGUGUUCGACAUGUUUGUAUAACGCCGGUUUAAUUAACCAACAUUUUUAGUGUACAGCGCCUUGUUUGGUUGUAAUGCCUUGUGAAUGCGCUUUAUAAAUAAAAUUGGAUUGGAUUGGAAGAUCAUCAUUAGGUAAGGAAGAGCCGCUUUGGUCAAAUUUAGUGUGUGUGUGUGUGUGUGUGUGUGUGUGUGUGUGUGUGUGUGUGUGUGUGUGUGUGUGUGUGUGUGUGUGUGUGUGUGUGUGAGAGAGAGAGAGACGCUCUACUGAGGGAAAACUUAAAAAUGUGUAACCCAUACCUCACAUUAAAGCAUUUUUUUUGUGCUGACGUUUGUAUUUUUGUGAAUAACUUUGGCUAUGUUAAUGCAAGUUUAUGUAAUUUUUGGGGAGGAUGUGUAUUUUUGGAGUAAUUACUAAAAAUAGUUAGAAAAAAUCUUCAACUCCCUUAAUUAUCAUGCAGAAUUUGUUUUGUAGCGUUAAGCAUCUUUGUGCAUUUUUUUUGCGCCAUUGACUUCCAUGUAAAUCAUAUUUUUAUAAUAAGCAUGAAUAUUAGCAUAAUUUUUAACAUUAUUAUUCUGUCUGUGUUCCCAGACCAGUCACACAUUCAAUGUUUAGUUUUACCGUUUCCACUAGAUAACGUAUUUUCUCCAUAUAUAGCAGGCAAUGACUGACACUGCAUUUGAAUUGAAUGAUUCUGCUGUAUUUCUUUACCUCUGACUGUUCAUUAUAGCACAUAUUUUGCAAAAAAAUGGUUUGUGUGUUAUUUAGAGAUUCCAUACAAUAGUUUUCAUGUGUGUGUUCUGAAUUUUGGUAGUUGUGUUUUUACAGUGUGCCUUAAAAAAAUAAGCCUUUACUGAAAGUAGAAAAUCAGCUCAUUCUCAAAAUGGCAUUUUGACAUGUGGCACUGUGUGUGUGCUUGUGCAGGCAUGCGUGCAUGCAGGGAUCAAAGCACCUUACAAAUCUUCAAAAGACAGAUCUGUGAUAUCAUUAUUUGGUGUGGUUGUGCAGGUGUGGGCAA